UCUUCUCUCUGUCAUUCGUCUCGUCUCGUCUUCUCUUCCCCUCCAAUCCCCCCCGUCGCCUCCCGCACCCCGCGUCCGUCAACCAAACCCUAACUCCAAAUCCCUCCCCGCCUCUCGAUCUCGCCGCCGCCGCCGCCGCAGCCAAAACCCUAACGCCCCUCUCCUCCGGUAAGCAACAGUUCGACCAUUUGUUGGAAAUGCCGUCUGCAUCCAAGACCAAGGCAAAGGAUAGGGCAGCUGCUUUUAAAGCAGCAAAAGAGCAACCUAAGGUUCCUGUGAAGCCAGUGGUGAACGGUACAGCUGCAAGUACUUACAACAACCUCUCUGGAAAAUUUCAUCUUCUGGAGCCGUCAUCCUCUUUACCGGGUAGUCAGGGUAACGACAAAUUGAGGAAUAUGGAUGAAAUAGAUGAACAUUCUCGUAGCUCCCAUGGUACAGGGGACUUUGAUUGUGCCUCAAACAAUGGUAGCUGUUCGGGUGAGUCAGAAGAUACAAAGGAAAAAUCAACCGGCACUGCGUCUCGAGUGGACUCUAUUCCUGGAUGUGAUCUUGAUAAACGCGAAAAGAUCAGACAAAAGAAUGAGAAGAAGCAUCAAAGGCAGAAGGAGAGGCGUGCCCAGGAAUUACAUGAGCGUUGCAAAGGAUACCUAAUGUCCAGAAAACUGGAGACACUUGCUCAGAAACUUGUUGCAAUGGGUUUCUCAUCAGAUCAAGCUACGAUGGCCCUUAUACAUAAUGAAGGCUGUCUUGAGGAGUCUGUUGCCUGGCUCUGUAAUUUUGAUGGCAGCGAGGAAACGAAGCAGCAGGUUGCAGAUCAUCAGUCUGCAGCUAAUUUGAAAAUAGAUAUAAGUGACGAGAUUGCGAAGAUUGUGAUCCUGGAGGCAAAAUUUAAGUGUACAAAGCAAGAGGUUGAAAGGGCUGUUGUUACUUCUGAGGGUGAUCUAGAAAAGGCUGAGGAGGCCUUGAAGACACAGAAGCAAGAAUCAGCAACAACUGCUUCUAAGCCUGAAGGGCCAGGUGAUUCAAGUGGCUUGGUUAUCAAGCAGCAGGUCAUGCUUGCACAGAACCUACCAAGGCCUCAAACAAAUGGAUUUUCCUCAGUAGGGACUCAGCAAAUGAGGAGAGACGACAAGGACCUAAACUACAAGCUUCUGUUAAAUGGUAAUGGUCCAAAGGAACCUGCAGUUAAAGGUUUUCAACCAUUGGCUACACCAAUUAAGCCAGACAUGGCCCGUCAACAAUUUUUUCAACCCGAGAAGAGGCGGCUUAAUGCCAAUCCGGUUCCAUCUGUUCCUUAUGUGACAUCAUCUCCUUCGCCCGUUGCAGUGCCUCAGAUGAAGGCAGAAACACGGCAUUUGGCAGCAGGCAGUGAGAUGAAGAGUGCAAUGCACAACGGAGGCUUGCGAGAGUCGGUAGUUGUAAUGCAGCGUCCUCAAUCUGCAUCUGCCAAGCAAAGCCUACCCUCCACAAGUCAUAGUAUGUUUGCAUCAGAGCCACCGUCAAGGGAAUGGUACUUGAAUGGCCCAUCAAGUGUUGAUAUGAUGUUGAAUGGUGGUUUAGGGCAUAGCCUAAGGAAUAUGAGUUUGGACAACGUUAAUUCUGCCAAGCAGUUCAUGCAUACAAACCACCAACAAAGUUUUGUUCCCAAUCCUGUAGAGCUGGCUGCUAAUGGUUGGGGUGGUACAUGGGGUUCUGGAGGUACAUCAUCUUCCCAGGCUGGGGCGCCGCCACAUGGUAUGUCGUUUAGAGGAGGUUGGAGCUCAUCCGAGUCCUCUUCAACUUUAUCUCAUGCUGAUUGGAGGACGAAUGCGCCAGCACCUUGUGACUACACCUCAAUAGAUUGGAGCCUCGACACAACUUUGAUAAACCCUGCAGCAAAGAGCGAAUGGCUAUCAGACACAUGGUCAACCAUGUUCAUGGGUGGCAGAUCCACAAGGCCUUCCGGAAACCUUGGUGUCGCAGGCGUUAAUGGGUUGCAUGAGAGCAAUCUUCCAAUGGAUCCUGCUCCAUCACCCCGUCCUUAUGAGUGGCCUUCUUUCUGCAGGGGAGGAUCUUCCUAGUUCCCCUACCCUGUAGGUAAGAAGCCAUUGAAUAAGAAAAGUAAAAGAUGUCAUUUGUUUCUCUUGUUUUUUGUCUCGUUGCAGUUGGUCAAAAAGUUUUACUUCUUGUGUAUUGAACUGUGCUUGUGUAUCUUUGACUGUUGGCCGAGAUAAGUCUUCAUUCUAUGAAA